AUGAUGUCCAUGUUCUUUGUCAUCCCAUGUCGUCAAGUUUGUCUGCUUGUCCAGUUUGUCCAGUUUGACAUCCUUGUCCAGCUUGUCCUGCUUGUCCUGCUUGUCCAGCUUGUCCUGCUUGUCUUGCUUGUUCUGCUUGUCCUGCUUGUCCAGCUUGUUCUGCUUGUCCUGCUUGUCCUGCUUGUCUUGCUUGUCCAGCUAGUCCUGCUUGUCCAGCUUGUCCUACUUGUCCAGCUUGUCCUGCUUGUCCAGCUUGUUCUGCUUGUCCUGCUUGUCCAGUUUGUUCUGCCUGUCCUGCUUGUCCUGCUAGUCCAGCUUGUUCAGCCUGUCCUGCUUGUCCUGCUUGUCCAGCUUGUUCUGCUUGUCCUGCUUGUCCAGCUUGUUCUGCCUGUCCUGCUUGUCCUGCUAGUCCAGCUUGUUCAGCCUGUCCUGCUUGUCCUGCUUGUCCAGCUUGUUCUGCUUGUCCUGCUUGUCCAGCUUGUUCUGCCUGUCCUGCUUGUCCUGCUUGUCCAGCUUGUUCUGCCUGUCCUGCUUGUCCUGCUUGUCCAGCUUGUUCUGCCUGUCCUGCUUGUCCUGCUUGUUCUGCUUGUCCUGCUUGUCCAGCUUGUUCUGCCUGUCCUGCUUGUCCUGCUUGUCCUGCUUGUUCUGCUUGUCCUGCUUGUUCUGCUUGUCCUGCUUGUUCUGCUUGUCCAGCUUGUUAUGCUUGUCCUGCUUGUCCAGCUUGUCUUGCUUGUCCAGCUUGUCCUACGUGUCCAGCUUGUCCUACUUGUUCAGCUUGUCCUGUAG